AUGACAACUACUGCGCAACCUCGCCCUUAUCUUACAUCUCUCACCCCCCUUCCAUCUGCUCUUCAUCCGCAUUGUUUAGCGCGGGAUCAUCUUCAAUUUGGGUACCCAUCGCUUCUCAGUCACUGCAUGGAUCAUACUGGGUGCCUUGUGCCUUUAACGGACAGCGACAUAGAUCGCAUUUUGGUAGUCAUCACUCACUCUCACGCACCCAACACUCAUGAAUGCUAUGGAUCGGGGUUGCUCGUCUUCCAUGUGUUUUGCAAUUUGCGCAACAUUCCAGAGAGUCAAAGAUGCCUGGCGUCUUCUAUCCUAGUGCUAAGUUUUUUGGCCGUGUGCACUGGUAUGCACUCAGGAAAGACUUUAGAGAGUUAUUUCUACAGCAUUCGAGCCUGGCAUUUGCUACACAGCUUGCCUUGGUCCAUUGACCAAGCCCAAGCAUCUUUAACACUAGAAGGUGCUAAAUCCCUUGCACCUCUGUCCUCAUCCCACACCAAACACACGCCCUUCACUGUCGCAUUGUUGCUAGCACUAUGCUCUAACUUAGACCUUUCAAUGCCUCUACACGCAGCAGUGUAUGCAUGCUUGACAACUUCCUUUUUCACUAUUGCACAGACGGGUGAGUUCACUGUACCGUCGUUAAAAGGCUUCGAUCAUCAAAAGCACAUCACUGUCGGUGACAUUCAUCACAACGUAGAUCGUCAUGGCUUCAAUGUCACAGUCUUUCACUUACUGCGGACUAAGAUGUCCCCCAUUGGAGAAGAUGUGUACUGGGCUACACAAUCUGGUCUUGUUGACCCUCUCGCAGCUCUCACCAAUCACCUUCAUGUCAAUAACCCUUCUACUUCGGACGCGCUCUUCAGCUGGAGACAUGUCUUGGGUCUGCGCGUUCUCACUCGCAGCACGUUUCUCAAGUGUUUAAAGGAGGCGAUACUCACUUGGGACAGGGGGAUUUAA